CUCAAUCUGCAUAUUGAACCCUCACUUCUGAAAGCAACACAAGACAACGACCAUCCAUAAUGGCACAACCACCUCCAGGACCCGGAGGACUCUACAGAGCUCCACCUAUAUACAGAUUCGCUGGUACAGCAUUGGGAGCAAGCAUGUGGUUCUUCUUGAUGUACCGCGCGAAGAAAGAUGGUCCUGCUUUGUUGGGCUGGAAGCAUCCUUGGGAUCAUUGAAUGUCAGAACGAGAAAAUGGUGCGGCGGCAGUCAGGAUGUAUCCAUGUGCUGCCAGGACCCAGACAAUCAAGAGAU